AUGCCUUUGACCAAGUUGCAUCGCGUAGAGACGAGACUCAAGCAGGUCAAAGCUGACCUAGACCGCGCGCCUUCUAGGCCUUCAGACUUUGCAUCAGCAGACGAGGUGCUCCGGAAAGAAGUGACCAGCUAUGAGACUAGUCGAAACAAGUAUAAGCAUCAGACUGAGAAGGCCGACCAUAGAUUGCAGUCAGCUCUCGAUGCCUACUUGAAGAAGCCACAGGCCGCCAGCCCCAACAGUCAAGCAGGUGCACAGUCGCCACAAAUUGGCACGUUCCCUGGCCUCGAUGCGCGACUCAUGGAACUACAAAGGUCGACCUCUACGUUGUUUAACACACAGUUGACCACCGAAAUUGGCAAAGUCAAGGAGUCCAUCAAGGCACAGAAUGAAACCAACGGGUCUGAGGUUCAGGACUUGAAGAAGAAUCUCGACGAGGAGAAGCGCAAGAAUCAGGUCUUGGAGGAAAGGCUCGAUAGGCUCGAGCGCAGACUCGAGGGCAUCAACACAGGCCAGGGUAUCCGCAUCACAGCAAUCGAUGAGAAGUUCGAGAAGAGGAUAUCAUCCGAUGAACAGGCAUUACAGAAAUUCCAGGAAUCGACCGAGAAUCAUUUCAAACAACUGGCAGGCCUGGGACCUUCUGCUUCAUCUGUUGCAAAUGCCGACAUCUCAGAUCAGGUCAAGACAGCUGUUACAGAACAAGACAGUAAAAUCUCAACUCUUCAAAGUCAACUUGAGCCCGUCCUUGAGAGCAUUAAGCGACUGGAGGACAAGUCAGAAAGCCAGUCCUCUCAGUACUUCACGACCAAGGACGCAGAUGAGGUUGUGGCCAAGGUGGAAAACCUGAAGCAGAUGCUUGAGGACCAGGCCACAAUCGCAGGGGAAUACCAGCAAAAACAAAAUUCUCUAGCCGAGGAUGUCUCCUCAUUGCAAUCCACUAUCAAGGAACAAGGGGGGAAGCAAGAGUCUCUUGAUGGCAUUGCCUCCUCUCUGGGGUCCACUAUCAAGGAGCAAAGUGAGAAGCAAGAAUCCUUAGCAGCGGACGUUGCCUCGCUACGCACUAUCACAUCGGAAUGGCCGAGUGAGGAACUAAAGCAGCUUCUGGCAGAAUUGCCAUCAGCUAAGGAUUUAAGGGGACUUCUCGAAGACCCGCCAGUGCCCAGAGACUUGAAACGUCUUGUCGAGGAGAUGCCACCUGCUGAGGACUUAAGGAAACUUGUUGCAGAGGUUCCUAAGAUAAGGGAGUCGCAGACACGUGCGAGCCCUAGGUCUUCUGAGACACCUAUGGCAGAGGAGAAAGUAUUGCAAAUUAUAGAGACCAGGGUCCAGGGAGUGGAGGGCAUAUUAAGGAAGGCGUUCUUUGCGAAACUCGGGGAGUUGGCCAAUGGAUUUGGGGAGGUCAUUGAUGGAGAGCGCAACAGGGUGAAGGGGCUUGAGACAGGUAUCAAGAAGUUGGACGAAAGGGUCUCGACACUCGAACGGGCUGUGGAGUCGGACAACUCGGGAGAGUCGAGCAAGAGGGGAGUUGAGGAACUCUCGGGCCGUCUGGAUAAGAAGUUUCAGGAGCAAGCUGUCGAGAUAAACUCAAUCCGGGGCAACAUCGCCGGGCUGGGUCGAGAACUCGAGACAGUGCGCGGCGCUUCCAAAGGAGGGCUCGAUGACGUGCAGAUGCAGUUGACGCAUCUCAGCGACUGGGCCAACAACCUAAGCACAAAGAACUGGUAUAGGGAGGUUGUGCAGCAGAUCCAGGCUCAUGUACCGACGCACGUCCAUGGUCAGCUUGACAACAUCUCUUCGCGGGUGGAGGCGAUUGAGAGACGGUUCAACGACCCUGACGGCUCCAACAAGAAGCGCAAGGUGACUAACGGAAGCCCGGUAGUGGUUAACGGCAACCAUUGAGGUCGGGUGGCUUUUUUUGUUGGAGACGUGUGAGUGUGGCGGCGAUAUAUGUGUGAGUGAAGCCUCGAGCUGGCGUUCCCAUGGUAGCUUAUGGUUGCUUUGUCUUUUUGGAAGAGGCUGAGGAGGAAAUUGGGAAAAGGAAGGAUAUCGGCGGAAAGGCAUAUACCCUCAUCAUGAACACGGCGUCGCGUUAAUAUUCAAGCAUUGUCGACUGU